AUGGAUAUUCUGAAUCUGGUUGACAUAUCCGUUCACUACGAUGCCGUGGUCGCGCUGGACAACGUAUCCCUUGGCGUAAGCGAGGGUGAGGUCGUCGCCGUCAUGGGACCAAACGGGGCUGGGAAAUCCACAGUGCUGAAAGCGAUUAUGGGGCUGGCACCGGUAGUCGGCGGGGAAGUCUAUUGGCAGCAGCGGCCUCUCGAAGCGGCUACGCACGAGAUAGUGAAGCAAGGCAUCUCAUUCGUGCCGCAGGGAAGGCGCGUUUUCACCCAUCUCACCGUGGCAGAGAACCUUGAGAUGGGCUGCCUGUAUCUCAAUAACGCUGCGGAAAAGGCCCGCAGACUGGAUUCGGUCAUGGAGCUUUUCCCGAUAUUGCAUCAGAAGCGCGAUGAUCUUGCGAGCCAGAUGUCGGGCGGACAGCAGCAGAUGCUUGCGCUUGGCAGGGGGCUAAUGGCUGCGCCCGAUGUUCUUCUUCUCGAUGAGCCGACGCUGGGACUUGCGCCGAUAGUCGUUAAAGAGGUGUUUCAGAAGGUUGCGGAGAUCAGCGACAGGCUCAACACGACGAUCCUAGUGGUGGAGCACAACAUUAAGGGCGUGCUUGACAUUGUGGAUCGCGCCUAUGUGCUGGACAAGGGGCGCGUCGUGCAUGACGGCACGCCGCAGUCUGUCAGGGACACAGACAUACUGACUCAGGUUUUCCUGGGGAGUUAG